AUGAGUGAUGCCCAUCAUCUCGCCGAUGACGAUAGGAUAUCGCUCCUGACCUCGAGGAGUCUCCGUGAUCAUGAGCCCGCUCCCGUGGAAUACUGCCAUUUGACCCACAGUUUGCGCCAGCUCCUAUACCAACAAAAACAGUACGAGUGCGAACGCCGCGUGAGUGAACGCCACGAGGUCAUCAACAGAAUGCUGAGUUUCCUCCGAGCUUGGCUCUUCAGCAUGAUGGAGUCCAAGGGGCUUCGCGAAGCCCUCAACUCUAUGCCGACAUUCCGGUUGCGACAAUUUGGCUCGUUGCGGCUCGGUGUACAGGAUUUUUAUUCCGAUAUCGAUCUUUGCUUUGUUGCUCCUCGGUGGGUAACAAGAGAGGAGUUUUUCACCGGUUUCCCGCGGAUGCUCGAGCAGUACUCUCACGAGAUCACGAAACUGAGUGUUUUGCCGUCCGCCUACGUACCUGUGAUCCGAGCGACCUGCCAUGACAUCCAGGUCGACAUAGUGUUUGCCCGAACCGAAGUCGACGAAAUCUCGAGAGAGCUCGAUCUCCUGGCGGGAGCCAACAUUGAAAGUUUGAUCUCAGAUAUCCGGUGCGUGCGAUCUUUGAACGGGUAUCGCGUUACAGAAAUGGUGCUCCGGUUCGUGCCUCGAUACCGGGUUUUCCAAUUGGCUCUGAAGGCGAUACGCUACUGGGCUAAAUGUCAGAAGAUUUAUUCGCACACCUUAGGUUAUUUAGGAGGCGUAUCAUGGGCUAUACUCGUCGCAAAAGUCUGUACCAUGUUCCCGAAAGCUGGCGCUGCCCGGAUCCUGAAUAAAUUCUUUCUGGUCAUGAGCCAAUGGAGAUGGCCGGAGCCAGUGAUGCUUUUGCCGGAGGGAUACGGCGUCAGCUCCCAGCUGUGGUCGAUCACGCAGAUGCCGUGGGAUAUCAUGCCCAUAAUUACACCUGUUUAUCCGCAGCAGAAUUCAAGUUUCAAUGUUUCAAAGAGUACCUUGCUCGUGAUGAAAAAUGCGCUCACAGAAGGAGUCCGCAUCACAGAUGACAUACUCAUGGAGAGGUGCGACUGGAAGUCGUUUUUCCAUCCAGUUCACAUAGCCGAUAUGUAUGAACAUUACGUUGUACUACAGACAUUCCGUUACACUACCGACCCUCACGAGAAAGAACUAUGGAUAAUGUCAGUGGAGCGGAGUAUGAAAAAAUUUCUGAACGGAAUCGAUGCUUGUGCGCGUUGCGCUAUCAAGUAUCUGCACGUGAGCCCCGAUUACUCAGUCCUCACCCGGCAAGACCAUAUCCAGGUCUCUUGGCUGUUCGGAGUCCAAUUCCUCCCUGAAGCUAAACAGUACCUCGGCGAUCUGAGCACACAUACCGACGGUUUAUUCACGGCGGUCGAUAGCUCACUGCCGCCAAAAACCCUCUCGCAAGAUAAAGAUUUCAUAAGGAGUCUUUUUGUGGAUCGACGUCACGCUUUGGAACUCAUGGAAAUAAAGUGA